AUGCCGGACCGCAAAAUCAAAGUAGCUCUCAUAGUCUUCAACAACGUCGAACUCCUCGACUUCGCCGGCCCCCUCGAGAUCCUCUCCAUCGCCGCCGACCCCCCCUUCUCCACCACCCACCCCCCCUUCCCACCCUCCUCCACCACCACCACCCCGGACCCCUCCCGCCUCAUCUUCGACAUCACUCUCCUCAGCGAAACACCCACCUUCACCACCUCCAACGGCCGCGGCACCACCAUGCACCGCGACGCAGACAUCUUCUCGCCGGCCGGCGCGCCCUCACACUACGACGUCGUGCUCGUCCCCGGCGGCAGCGGGUCGCGGGCCGAGAUGCGGAACCUCCCGCUCCUAGAGUGGCUACAGGAAUUUGCAGCGUCAGGUGCGACGGGGGACGGGCGCAGGAAGAUGCUCAUGAGUGUGUGCACGGGGAGCUUGAUACUUGCGGCGGCGGGGCUGCUGGAUGGGGUGAGGGCGGCGACGCAUCAUGCUGCGAGGGCGCUGCUGGCGGAGGCGGUCGAGGGGGCUUAUGGGAGGGCGGAGGUGGUGGCGGAGAGGGUGGUGUGGGGGGCGGUGAAGGGCGUGGAUGUGGUGACGUGUGGGGGUGUGUCGAGUGGGAUUGAUGCGGCGUUGGAGGUGGUGAGGGUGUUGGCCGGGGAGGCGUGUGCGAGGGGCACGGCGGAAUGGAUUGAGUAUGAGUGGAAGGCGCCGGAGAUGGUGGGUUAG